UCUUGUACAGAAGAGGAUGGGUUCCCAAGUGUGUCAAAACUACCACAUUGAAUGUGAGGUUGCUGUCAACAACCAGAUUAACAUGGAAAUCCAUUCCUCCUAUGUUUAUCGCUCUAUGUCCUUGUACUUUGACCAGGAUGAUGUUGCCUUGCACCACUUUGCUGACUUCUUCAGGAAGCAGUCCAAUGAGAAAUGGAAGCAUGCUAAGAAACUCCUAGCAUUCCAGAAUCUGCGUGGUGGCCAGAUCUUGAUGGAGGAUGUAAAGAAACCAGAGCAGAGUGAUUGGAUUAAUGGUCGUCAUGCAAUGCACAGAGCUCUGCAGAUGGAGAAGGAUGUGAACCAGAGUCUACUGGACCUGCACAAGCUUGCCAUUCAGCACGGUGACCCCCAACUGUGUUCCUUCCUGACGAGACAUCUGCUGGAUGAACAAAUGAUGAUGAUGAAGAGGCUUGGAGAUCACAUCACCAACCUGAGGAGACUGGGAGCCAAUGAGAAUGGUCGAGGAGAGUACCUAUUUGACAAGUUGUCCCUGGGGAGUGAACAAGUGCGGACCUGAAGUUGAAACCUUCUGUCAGUUCUCAUCUAAUGAAA